GCAAAAUGAGACAGAAUGAAGAAACUUUCUCUUUCAGGGCGCAGAACGCACACAGAAGAAAAUGUGGAUUUUCGGAGUGAUAUACUUCCUGUGACCUGUGGUGAAAUGAAGGGGUAUUUAAUUAAGAGAAAACUGGAACGAGGAGGCACGGUGAAGUUCAUAAGGGGAGAGGAUGGAAAAUGGUUCACACCCAGGGAAUUUGAAGUUGCAGGAGGCUACGAAAACUCAAGUAACUGGAAGCUGAGUGUGCGCUGUGGUGGGAGGACCCUAAAAACGCUGAUGGAGGAAGGAUAUCUACCUGUGCCUCCAAAAACACAUAACAGGAAAAAUGAGGAGGAAAAUUCGUACAUAUGUGAGGUCUGCCAGGAUGCAGGAAAGCUGUUCUGCUGUGGUACUUGUUCAAAAUACUUUCAUGAGAAGUGUCACAUCCCACCUGUGAAAACUGAGAGUAAAUCAUGGAGUUGCACCUUCUGCAUGAUGAAGAAGUAUUCCAGAAGUCAGGAGUGUCACAGGGAAUCUGAGGUCCUGAAGAGGCAGAUGGGGCCUGAGGAGCAGUUGAAAUGUGAGUUCCUCCUCAUGGAACUCUAUCGCCAUUUAGAGGGCUCCAAAUUUAAGAAGAUUCCACAUGAUAAUUAUAUUGAAGUGGCUUCUCAGUGCCUAAAAGAACUUGACAUGUUGGCCAACAUCAAGAGGAAGCUAAAUGAGCGGAGUUACCCCCAGGUGAAAGGGUGUGUGCGUGAAGUGAUCCAGAUCUUCCAAAGCAACACCCAAUCUACCAACCACAAUGACUCAGACCAACCACAGGAGAAAUUUAAGAAGAAUUUUAAGGAAAUAUUUAGUGUACAGUAAACAAUGGAGAAUAGUGCACUGGCCUAGUAGAUGCCGUUGAUGCCCUGAAAACCCUCCUUUAAGGCAGAUUUCUCCUCUUCCAGCUGCUGUGAGGGUUGACUGCGGUUGCUACCUUUCCCCAGAGUAUUGCUUUUGGCCAAAUGGAGACUGCUUCACCUGGAGGUUACACCUCUUUUGCCUGGGGUCGGCUUCCAGCCUCGAGGUGGAACCAACCAUGUGGAGUGAUACACAUUCCUUCCUCCCCACGGCAUCAGUCUGGAGCUAGUCUUCAGCUGUGACCAUAUCUUUGCUAAACUUUGACAUGAUGCUAUCCUGCUUCCCUCACCCUCCUCUUUCUGAGAUAAUUUCACAAUAAAUCACUUACUUAAGA